GGGAGAGGAAUUCUCUUUCUAUUCAAAAAAUAAAGAGUCUCUUGGAGAUGUUAUACCUAAUUACACCUCUCUUGCUUAAUAAGUAUCAAAACAAUGCUUGCGAGUACGAAGGUUAUUAAUUAGCUUGGAAUAGUAAUUCAUUUCGUCUAGUAGGUAACAAUUUGGAAUUAUUAUUGCCCUAGGCAUUGCAUUAGAGUACUCCUCUUAACCACCUAACCUACCAUAUCUCCGUGGACCUUGAUAUGCAGCGUAGCCCUAGACCACAUGCAGCAUGAUCGAUGCAAUGCAAGCAGUCUCUCUCAUCUCAUGCAAUAUUGCAAACGCAGUGCCCCACCUCACAAGGCCAUCCCCCCAUGCAUGUGCACUCACACACACACACACCAUAUAUCUCUCCACCUACACCCUGCCUGCCUGCUUGCAAUUGCAAUUGCAACCAAUAACCAUAUACACACAGCUAGCUAGCUUCACAUAUCGCAAGCACCCAGAUCGGCAGGACCAGCGGCAGCGGCAACGGUGCCGGCAAGAAGCAGGCCGCGCGCUCCACUCUCCGACCCCGGCCGAAACAAAGGUGAUGGCGCAGCUGCCGCCGAGGGCGCCGGGGGGCGCCGCGCCGCAGGACCACUGGUCGGCGGCGGGGGAGUUCCUGGGGUUCGCCGCGGCCAGACGCGGCGCGCACCGCCGCUCGGCGAGCGACUCGGCCGCGUUCCUCGAGGCCCUGCCCAUGGAAGACGUCAUCGGCGGCGACGGCUUCGACCGCCUCGACGACGACCAGCUCAUGUCCAUGUUCUCCGACGUCGACGCGCCGGCCGUCUCCGCCGGGGACGCGGCGCAGCUCAUGGACGUGGCGGACGCCGACGCGGACGCGGACGACGACGGGUCGGCCGCCUCGUCGCGCGCCGCCGCGGACGGCGUCGCCGCUGACCCCAAAAGGGUCAAGAGGAUAUUAGCAAACAGGCAGUCAGCGCAAAGGUCACGAGUCAGGAAGCUACAGUACAUCUCCGAGCUCGAACGGAGUGUCACCGGUCUCCAGAUGGAGGUGUCAGCGCUGUCCCCUCGCGUGGCCUUCCUCGACCACCAGCGAUCGCUGCUCACCGUCGGCAACAGCCACCUCAAGCAACGAAUCGCGGCGCUCGCCCAAGACAAGAUCUUCAAGGAUGCUCAUCAAGAGGCGCUGAAGAAGGAGAUCGAGCGGCUACGCCAUGUGUACCAGCAGCAGCAGCAGCAGCAGCAGAUCAAGGUGGCCACCACCGGCGGCGCCGACAUCGCCGCGGCCGCCUCCAUGCAGGCCAGGCAAGAGCUGCUCGCGUGCGAGGGCGCUGCCAUUCGAUAGCAGAUCGAGGGCGGAGGCGUUCAAUUGGCAGUGCCACAACAACCAGCACCGAACUUUGUGCCGGGUUCCUCCUUUUCUCAGACAAGUUGUUCGUCGUGCGUGCAAAUACACGCGCCUGUUAUUAGCCUAUUGAUUUUAUUUCUGUGCAGUCUUAAUUAAUUCGUAUAUGUGAUGUAUUCCUCCUCUUCGUCCCUAGCAAAAAAGAAAAAGAAACGGCAGUCGUGCUGGGAUGGGGACUUUGUUGUGAAUGAAUGAAUGUAUUUGGU